ACCGGGCCUACGUAACGUUCGCUUCUUUGCCACACCUCCUCCUCCUCGUCCUCAUCAACAAGUGCUUGCAAAGGUCGGGGUGGCAACCUUGGGGUUGAUUGGUUUGGAAUUACAGACAGGAAAUGGCCUGUUUGCAGGAAAACUCUAUGGCGACCGAGGAAAACGCUGUUGCCGAUCGCGCGGGCAGUGAAAACGCCGUGGAUCAUCGCAACAAUCUCCUCGACCCCGGCAACAUGGAUUUGUCAGGGGAAGAGCAUGUACCCAAGGCGCGGAAGCCGUACACGAUCACGAAGCAGCGGGAGAAGUGGACCGAGGAGGAGCACAAGCGGUUCUUGGAAGCCCUCCAGCUACACGGCCGCGCCUGGCGCCGCAUACAAGGGCACAUAGGCACCAAGACUGCUGUGCAAAUCCGGAGCCACGCGCAGAAGUUCUUCACUAAGGUCGUCAGAGAAUCGUCGGGGAGCAAUAGCACCGUAGGCGCCGCGCCGGCGAUCCAGAUCCCUCCGCCGCGGCCGAAGAGGAAGCCGGCCUACCCGUACCGGCGGAAGAUGGACGGCGCUUCCAAGAAGCACGUGCCGGCGCUCAAGCAGCUGGAGAAGCCGGCGGCACUCCGAUUGCAGUCCCUGCGCGAGCAGGACGACGGGUCGCCGACGUCGGUGUUGACCACGGCGAAGGCGGUGUUGCGAGCGGACGCGUUGGUUAGCGUGUUCUCGAACAGCUCGGGCGGCAGCAGGUCGGCUCCGUCAGCUGCCGGUUCGAAUGAGCAUGGCAACGGUGGCGGCUCGCCGGCCUCGUCGGUGGACAGAGAGGACGGCAGCCUAACGUUAAGUAUAGCAACCGCUGAGUUGGCUAUGAGAGCGCCAAAUAUCAAGGCGUUCGGUGAUGCAAAAGAAGUGUCUUGUAUAGGAUCAGAAUCUUCAGUCUUCAAGCUGUUUGGAAAGAAAGUUGUGGUGAAUGAUUCCUAUGACUAUGAGCACCUACAGAACGGCAGAGACCUGAAAAUGGAUUCUUCCCCUGCGACUGCGAGGGUUGCCCAGGCAACCAGAAAUGCAAUUCAUUUUGGUGCCGCAGAAGGGAACUCGUGGAAUACAUGUCCGAGCAGCAGGCAGCAGCUCAUGAAUUUCCUUCCCCAGCCGGACGGUUUCGCCGCGCAAACCGUCGUGCCAUGGCUCGGCUACAACGGGAGCCUGCCUUGCGCGCUGUUCUACCCGCAGGCGGUGGCUUCGAAUCAGAAGCACCAACCUUCAGAUGCUCUGGAUCCCAAAGGCAUGCAGAGGGAAGGAUCGUUGACAGGCUCGAACACGGCCUCCAGCUUCGUUCCAACAGGGUCGGCGCCACAGAAUUCAGACGCCGCGGAGUCUCACGGCGGGCAAGAAAACACCAGCGAAAGCGACACGGCGCCUGCUGUUCCACCGCUAACGAAGUGCGCGAACUCGGCUUCCUUCAGCCGGAGAGGGUUCUUCCCGUACAAGAUAUGCGCGGCCGAGAGCGAGGCGUCGCGACCGGUGGCGCCCGGAGAGGAGACCGACGGCGAGCUGACGAAGCUGUGCUUGUAACAUCUGAAGCAUAACUGAGAUAACUCACGGUAUAUAUUUUGGAUUGCUCCGGUCUCUUGAGCUGCUCAUAUGGCUCUGCUCCAGGGAGCUGAUCAGCCUGCCUGCCACUUCUCUGAAGCAGCUGGAAACCACAUCAGUUUUCCAGAAAUGGGGGAGCAAUCCUGGUUCUUACUCCUCAGUGUAUAGACACGUACGAUAUGUAAUAUCCCACUUUUGUUCACUGUGUGAUCGUGUAAUUUUGCGGUGUUUUUGCCCCAACUUGAGAGAUUCAGGGAUCAGUAGCUGCUUGCACAAAACCUGGAUCAAAGAUAGGCCUGUUUGUCAUAGUCUGGCAACAUGUAAAACUAGGCCUGUACUAUCUCAACGAAAUGUAACGGGCACGAGACGAACAGAAUGUUGUACCUCCUCAAGAAGCAGGGAGGGACAUUGAUUGACAUGAGGCCAUGUACAGUAUAG